AGGAGAGUUCCAGCAUCAGUCCAUAAAUACGGGCUUCAAGACAGCAAGAGGAACUGUCUCUUCAUAGAAAAUUCCUCCAGACGAUUGCUAAACACCCUGAACCAGGCUUCAUCACCAUAGAAACAAUGGCAGAUGCAAACUUUCAGAACGAGUUCUUGGGCACCCACAACAAAUACAGGGCUCAGCACAAUGCACCACUACUGACCCUCAACAGUGAGUUAACUGCCACAGCUCAGAAAUGGGCCGAUCAAUUACUGGCAAAGAAAAGCCUUGGGCACAGUGACACUCAGGAUGGAGAGAACGUCUUCUACAUGUCCAGCUCUCAACCCAUUAAAGCAACAGGGAAAGAAGCUGUGGAUUCAUGGUACAGUGAGAUCAAAGACUACAACUGGUCCAAGCCUGGAUUCCAAAGCAAUACUGGUCAUUUUACCCAAGUGGUGUGGAAAGAAAGCAGUGAACUGGGUGUGGGCGUGGCCACUGAUGGCAACUUGCUGUUUGUGGUUGGGCAGUACCGACCAGCUGGGAACAUCAGCAAUGAGGGGUACUUUGAGAAAAAUGUCCAGGAAAAAGUCAAAGAGUAAAAGCUGUGCAUUUUACAGCAGACAGAGAAACGACUGCAAAAGACAACACCUCCAGCAAGGAGACCGCAGUGCCCCCAAAGAAAAAGACAACCUGCGCAUUGCUGUAGAUGAACUGGACUUCCCUCAACCCUCAAACACUUUUGUUACAUCUUUCAUGAUAUAAACAUAAAAAAUAAAGUCAAAUAAAGCAUUAUGUUUCAAACAA